GAAGUCCCCGUCUUCUCCUCCUCUUCCGCCCACCUCGCCAUCUCCGCCGGCGCCCACCGCCUAGAACUCAACCGCGCCAACUCCUACCCCCAGGGAGGCCUCACGCCUUCCCUAUCCGACCUCGAGGCCCUCUCUUCUUACUCCACUGUGCCGCUGCGUGUCAUGAUUAGGCCGCGUGGGCCUCCACCACCACUGGUAGGGGAGGACGACAGUGGCAGCACGACGACGACGACAACGACGACGCCGGACUUUAUCUACUCUGAUGCUGAGAUGGAGGAGAUGAGGGAGAGGAUCAAGGAAUUUGUGGGGUCUGGGUUGUUGAGGAGGGAGAGAGGGGAUGGGUUUGUUUUUGGGGUGUUGAGGCGGAUCUUGGAGGACAAGGGAAAGGCGGUGGUUGUCGUGGAUGUGGAGAGGAAUCGGGAGUUGGUUCGGUUGGCAGGGGGGUUGGCGUGUGUCUUUCAUCGAGCGUUUGACGACAUCCUAGGCACCCAAGGCGCCACCCCAGAAGAAGCCCUGGCCGACUUACAUCACUGCGGCUUCCACGGCCUACUCACAUCCGGCGGCCCAGGCUCUGCAGCAGACCACACCGAAACCCUGGCACGGAUCGUCCGCUCCGCCCCGGAGCGGAUCAGGGAAGUCAUCAUUGGUGGCGGUGUGAGG